CAACCCUUAGCAUCUCGAACUCCGAAUGCAUCGCCGCUGCAGAACCGAUCCUGCCUGCAUACACCAAGAGAACGGCCCGCCAUGAAUCGCGCAAGGAGGCAUGAGCUGCGCGUGCUAAACACGCGAGCUUGGAACGGGGAGAAGGAUAUCUUCCCCGUCGCCAGCUCCCUCGACUCGACCAUGAAGAAGAACACCGCGUUCAUCAAGCGUCUGCGAACCGCCAUCUCCCCUGCAACCCUCAACACCUUCCUCCAAGAGAUCAAGACCGUCAGCCUGUCCAAGUACCUUUCUGAAAUCGUAUCGGCCUGCCAUGAAGGCUUGUGCCGGCUCAAGUCCCCAGGCGAGAUUGAAGCUGGUGUCGAGAUUGUCAGCGCCCUGCACCAGCGCUUUGGGCCCGCCGAAUUCACAUCGUACCUGGGCUGGUUCCUCGGAAGGUCGAUGGCUACGCCAGACAAGAGCGUUUUGAAGACCCUCAGCUCGGAAGCGAGAGAGAAGGAGGAAAAGGACCGGUUGACGAGGCAGCGGGUUCUCCUACGGGUUGUGACUGAGCUGUGGCUUGUUGAUGUCCUGCGCACCCUCGACGACAUCAAACGCCCGGACGAUGCUACGAAUGGGAGCAGUGGCAAGCAGGCCGAGGUGAAGGCCCGUUCGUCCGCAAAGGGGGGUGCUGCCGAGCCUUUCCCCCUCGAAGUCCUGAAGGACCUUCUUAACCAUGACCGGGAGCACGCCAAUCUCCCGCUGCUUGUCGUUUUCGUCAAGGUAUUCAGCUGGGAUAUCCUCGGCGUCAAAGCCGCCGGUUCAGAGGGUCGCAAGACCGUCGAGGAAGAUGGUGCGACAAAGACUGGGGAGGCAAACGAGGAUCACGAGGGCGAGCCCGAAGCGACGCUCCAAGAUCCUCCCUUUGCUCCGCCCGAGCUGCAAGAGCGCUUCAAAAACGUCUUGAAGCACUACUUCGAGGACGUCAAGGGCCAUCUCGUUCGAGAUCAAAAGGCCAUCUACAACCAGUCUCGCAAGAACGCCGAGGCCUAUGUCAAGUCGGGCGAGGUGUUCGAGGACCGCCAGGCGAGCUUCGAGAAGCAGGUCAAGGCCCAGGAGCGUCUCGUGGCUAACGCGCAGGUCAUUGCCGAUGUCAUUGGUGCCGAGAUGCCGGAUCUGAAGGACAGCGACGACGCUUCCGGUGGCGCGAACGGCUCCAUUGGCAUCGUCAAGGCCGGAGAGUAUCUGCGCGGCCAGGGAGACGGCGCCGGCAUCUGGGAAGACGAAGAGGAGCGUCGUUUUUAUGAGAACCUUGUUGACCUUAGGGGCAAGGUUCCUAACAUCCUCCUCGAGGAGGUCAAGAAGAAGAAGGCCGACGCAGACGAGCAGGUUGGCAAGAAGAUCGAUCCUUCAGAACAGGCCGAGGCACCCAAGCCUGCCGACACCGCCGCCGACGAUCAGUCGGUGGCCAUCGCGAACAAGACGAUCGGGGCCCAGGUCGAUGCGCUGCUUUCUCGGCUGCCGGACCUCACAACCAAGGAAGCGGCCGACCAGACAGCCAUCGACUUCUGCUACCUUAACUCGAAGGCUUCCAGAAACCGGCUCAUCAAGGCGUUGACCGAUGUGCCGAAGGGCCGUGGCGAUCUCCUCCCCUGCUGGGCCAGACUUGUCGCCACGCUUGGCCAAUACAUGAGCGACAUCCCAAAGGGGCUCGUGGAGUACCUCGAUUCCGAGUUCCGAAGUCUGCAGCGGCGCAAGGAAAAGGAGUUUCUGGGUCAAGUAAGGCUCAGCAAUAUCCGCUACCUCGCUGAACUCACCAAGUUCGGCAUUGUUCCGGAACACGUCGUCUUCCAUUGCCUCAAGGUCAGUCUGGACGAUUUCUCGCGUAUGAAUAUCGAGAUCAUCUGCCACUUGCUCGAGAAUUGUGGCCGGUACCUCCUUCGGAAUCCGGAGACCUCUCCUCGCAUGUCAACGUUCCUUGAGACGCUUCAGCGGAAAAAGUCGGUGCAACACAUCGGGCCGGCCGAGAGGAUGCUUAUCGAGAAUGCCGUGUACUACGUCGAUCCACCGCAGCGUCCGGCGAUCCAGCAGAAGGAGAGGACUCCAAUGGAGCUCUUCAUCCGCAAGCUCGCGUAUUCAGACCUGACCAAGAGGAAUUAUAGCAAAGUUCUGAGGCAGAUCCGCAGGCUGCACUGGGAGGAAAAGGAGGUGGUCGCCGUGCUUCACAAGGUCUUUUCCAGGCCAGACAAGGUCAAAUUCGGCAACAUUCACCUCCUUGCGAUCCUGUUGAGUGCUCUCAACAGAUACCAUCCCGAGUUCGUCAUCGGCGUCAUCGACUCCGUCAUUGAGUCCAUUGCAUUUGGUCUUGAACAGAACGACUUCAAGUUCAAUCAGCGCCGAAUUGCCGAGGUCAAAUACCUAGGAGAACUCUAUAAUUACCGAAUGCUCGAGCACCCCGUUAUCUUUGAUGUCAUGUACAAGAUCAUGACUUUCGGCCACGGUGGCCCACCAAUCCCUGGUCGCAUUAACCCCUUUGACCAGCCUGACGACUACUUCCGCAUUCGCCUGAUCUCCACCAUACUCGAGACCUGUGGCAUGUUUUUCAACAAGGGUGCCGCCGGAAAGAAACUGGACUACUUUCUUUCCUUCUUUCAGUACUACAUCUAUACCAAGAACCCGCUGCCCAUGGACAUUGAAUUUCUCGUUCAGGACAUAUUUUCCCUGACCAGACCUCAGUGGAAGCUGGCGUCUAACUUGGAGGAAGCAACGAAGGUGUUUCAGCUUGCCAUGGCCCAGGAUCAGAAGUCCUCUGGCCUGGACAAGGCUGUGGAACAGGACGAUGAAACAAGCGGAAUAUCUAGCGACGACGAGCCUGUCGGGGACCAGGAUGAUGAUGACGAGUCGGGCUCCGAGGAUGGCGAGGUCGAGGCUGAGGACGCUGAGCCGGAUCAGGCCGACAACGGCAAUGAGUCUGGGGGAGAAGAGGAAGAAGAAGAAGCCAUCGUCGUCACCAGAGAAGAAGAGCAGAUCGAUCCCGAAUUCGAGGCCGAGUUUGACCGCGAAUAUGCGAAGAUCAUGGCCGAAAGUUUUGAGACGCGCAAGUUUCAGCCGAAGCAGCCUUUCGAUCUCCCUCUCCCCGUCCGGCCCAAGAAUCGUGAUGCUCCGAGCGGAGAGGCUACCGAGAGCAGUGCCGGGACCCCGGGUGGGAAAAUGGCUUUCUCGCUGCUGACAAAGAAGGGCAACCGUCAACAAACCCGAACGGUCGAACUGCCCUCGGACUCAAACUUUGCCGUUGCUAUGAUCAACCAGCGGCAGGCGGCAAAGGAGGAGCAACAGCGGAUCAAGAACCUGGUUUUGAACUACGAUCUACGGGAGAGUGAAGAACCAGAUGGUCACGACAGAGGUCUGACACACCAUCACCUCAACCGCCUCGACCCUCGGUCAAACAAGGAGCGCGGACAGCGGGUUCGGAAACUCCAACUGAGCGACGUUGACUGGACUUGAACCGGACCGCAAAGAAUCUCAAACCCUAUGACUUUCGACGGUGGCAAGCACUUAAGCUAUCGGGCAACUCCAACCGGCGCACUCCAGCUCCCUUCAGGGAAGAUCAUGUUGGCUGCCAGGAAUGCGGGCUUCUCGGCCGCAGAAGAAGACAGACACUCGACCUAUCUGGCGUCUGCUGAACCUGCCGAGACUCGUCAGUCACCAAGUCAGGUCACCAUCAUACUAGUAGCUGGGGA